AUGAGGAGAUCGCCGCUGGCGCUUCCGCUCGGGAUCGCGCUCCUGCUGCUGCGCGCUGCGGCGACGCUCCCCGCGCCGUCGCGCGCCGAGUGGGCGCCGGUCCCGGACGUGAACGGCCUGCUGAUCAAGCAGGUGGGGCAGUUCGCGGUGCUCGUGUACGACAUGGCGCACCGCAAGGACCUGUCGUUCGUGGGCGUGAUGCGCGGCCACACGCAGGACGCCGUGGAUGGCGGCACUAACUACCGCCUCGUGGUGGCCGCGGCCAGGCCCGGCGGCGCCGGGACGACGACCACCGUGGAGUACGACAGCCUGGUGUGGGGCGUGCCGGGGUCGCGCGCCGACACCUGGAAGCUCCACAGGUUCAGGAAGAUCGACAGCUAGCGAGCUAGCUGCUGAUCAGCUGAUAUGGUGGCUAGGCUUGGAGGUUUUUUACGGUCCUCAAGCCGCAGCUAGCUAGCGGUGCUACUGUUAUUACUCGAUCUAUCAUUCUAUCCCAUUAUCAUAUAGAGCAACACUAGUAUCAUAU